AACUGCCACCAACGACUCACCUAGGUAGAUAUCGAUGCAAGCCUGAGAGCAUCACUCUUUGAGUUUGAGAGGGGAUUCCUUUUUUUUCAGCCCUGUUGAAAAGGACAAAUUCUUUCUUCUCUACACCGUUUAGUCAAAGGAGGGUCCUCUGCAAAGUGUCACUUCAAAAUAGAGCUGUUGCUCAGCAGCUCAUUUCUUGUCAACUUUUAUCCCAAUCAAAGACAAUUUGAUUGAGGUUACUGAAUGAAAUACAAGGAAGAAAUCGACGUCCAGAUUUUGAAAUUGUUGUAACGUUGUUUUAUCGGGGUAGGGGAAGUCAAAUUGUCAGUUUUGGAUGUCAUUACAUCAAACAAUGGAUCGCUUCUUACGACGGCUAGCCCGCCAUGCUGCCCGCGGAAGUUCAGCCGCCGCUGCAUCAGCGUCCCACAGCUCUCCAGACAUGCAACCGCUACCUACGCCUUCCGUCCAGUACCUCGCCGCCGCUGCAGCGAAUCAACCUCCAGUCAGUGACGCUCCUGCCGGCGCAGCAGGUGCGCCAGGUAGCAAUAACGACUGGGAUAUGUCGACGCUAAACUCCAGCUUCGCGGAAAACUUCACCUUGUUCACGGACGGUGCGUCACAUGACCUCACGCCAACCCCAGACGGUCACGUGACAUCAGACGAAGCUUGGCCAGUGUCAUCGUUCGCGGUCAUCAAGGCUCUCGUCCUCAUCGUUAUCCUCGCCAUUCUCCUAGUCGUAAGCUGCAAAGUGACUAUGCAAUAUAUCAUAAAAUCAUCCAAACGAGAAAAGCGGUAAUGAGUGGUGUGUCGCCAUUUUGUGUGUGGCUAUUGUACCACGAACACUAACUACGUAUUGGCGAAGAAGCCCAUUGAUACAAUGAGUAAUGUGUUGCUGCGGAUUCCAUUGUUGAGGCAAAGUCUGAAUUAUUAGAGAUGUUAGAGAGUACACAGCAAAAACUGUGGUGUUAACCGGUGAACAUAGAGGACCACACCAGUUAUUUUACACCGGUGUUA